AUGAAGUUUGUUUCAGUUGCUGUUAGGUCAUUAAGUACCAAUUUGUCACAUCAGUUUUAUCAUACUCAUAUGAUCAGAAGUCUUUCAACUUGGAGAUUUACAGAUAAUGGUACUGGUGAUCAACAUGCUAACAAGUCUGCGUCUCCUGAGGAGUUUGGGAAGUUUGGUGAAAAUCGUGCUAGAUAUGCCCAAUUUGAUUCCGUCCUUGAAAAGAUUAACCAACAGGGAAUGGCUCGACAGAGACCUGGUUCAGGAAAUGGUGCUAGUUCUGAGAUGAUGCAUCUUUUUGAAGAGAGUCAUGACACAUUAUUAGAUGGAAUGGAUGUAAAAUUGAAGAAUGCUGCCACAUACUUUGAAGUUGAUGAGGAAGAAAUAAACAAAGAGGAUUAUGCUUUUCGAUAUGAUGCCAAUUUUCCAAUUGAUUCAAAAUAUGAUGUAAAGACAGGCACAGAAGAACAAAGCCCUUGCUCGUGCUGCGCCACCACUGUAAGACGACGUCGUUGUUGUGUUUUGCUGCCGCGCCACCAUCUUUUCCAACAAUCAUCGCUCACUUUUCCUAACUUGGAACCCUUCGAUUUGGAGUACCAAAGUUCUCAUUUUUCAGGUAAGACUCACAUGAUCAGAAGUCUUUCGACUUGGAGAUUUACAGAUAAUGGUACUGGUGAGCAGCAUGCUAACAAGUCUGAGUCUCCUGAGGAGUUUGGGAAGUUUGGUGAAAAUCGUGCUAGAUAUGCCCAAUUUGAUUCCUUCCUUGAAAAGAUUAACCAACAGGGAAUGACUCGACAGAGACCUGGUUCAGGAAAUGGUGCUAGUUCUGAGAUGAUGCAUCUUUUUGAAGAGAGUCAUGACACAUUAUUAGAUGGAAUGGAUGUAAAAUUGAAGAAUGCUGCCACAUACUUUGAAGUUGAUGAGGAAGAAAUAAACAAAGAGGAUUAUGCUUUUCGAUAUGAUGCCAAUUUUCCAAUUGAUUCAAAAUAUGAUGUAAAGGCUCUGGAUCUUACAAAACCUGGUGUACACAAGCCUCAUGCAAGGAAUGAAUUCAUUGUAACCACCAAAGAAGUUCUUAGUCAAGCAGAUUUCAGGGUUAGCAUUUAUGUCAAGUAG